UACCACACUCCAUUUCAUGACUGAAUUCCUCCCAGGGCCUCCCACUUCAUCUCACUCUUGCUGGCCAGUAGUCCUGAUUUUGUUCACGCUGUGCCUGGCAUUGCUGAUGGCGCUGGUUACCCUGGCAGUUUUAUUUUUCCAGAUUCCCAAGGACUGGAGGGCACAACUUAGAGACCUCAACACGACAAAGAAUGAGCUGCAUGCAAAUUUCUCAAAUAUGCUGCAAGCAAUAGGAAAUCAGCUGUGCUUGGAAGGGGAAAAAAACCUUAAAAAUAAUGGCCAGAACUGUGUACUCUGCCCUGCAAACUGGAACUGGGAAGGUGGCAAUAUGUGUUACUACCACUCCAAGCAAGAGAAGUCGUGGGAAGAGAGUCACUGGUUUUGUUCUUCACAAAACUCUACUAUUCUUCUGAUAAAAGAUGCAGCAAAGCUGGAACUGGUAAAAAAAUUUCCUAGAAAAAUGUACUGGCUUGGAUUAAGAUUUAGACCUGAACAGAGAGACUGGUAUUGGGCAGACAGCACAGCUCUUACAGAAGAACAAAAGUCUUGGGUAAAGUAUGUAAAUUACUUCCAAUCCUGUCAAUAUUUUUAUUACACUGCCGUAUAUAACAAACCAUGUGAAGACGAGCUUCACUAUGUCUGUGAAAAGCCUGCCAUCCAAUUACAGCGAGGUGACAACCAUUGGCGGGAGGACUGGUUUGUCAGACCAACAUGA